AUGAAUCAAAAAUCCUCUCCUUCUCUAUCUUCUUCGGAGGGAGCAAAUAACUUUCAAGAAAAAUGUAGGAAAACCUUAAAUUCAAUGAAGAAGGGAUUGGCAAGCCUGAAACAAUCUUUCAAAUUGAUUCCAACAAACGAACAUCGUGAUAGAGGAUCGUUUGAAAGGUUGGCCACCCCAAGACAAUACCAACAAUCACAACGUACACCCACUCUGAAUGCUCAUCGUCAGCAACGAGAGGAGAUUCAAUGUGGUUGUUUGGAUUUUCAAUCGAGUUUAUUCUUGAAUAGUUCAAAUUCGUUAGAGCCAAUGGACGUAAAGGUAUUGCUAUUGGGAGCCAAUAAUGUUGGAAAGAGUGCUCUCAGUUCUCAAUUCAUUAAGGGAGAAUUUAUUGAUGUUUACCAUCCAACAAUUGAAGAUCAAUUCAAAAAGACACUAACUGUCGAUGGGAAACAGUACAUGUUGCAUAUUUUAGAUUCUUCAGGAAGUGUGUUGUUGAAGGAAGAGGAGGAAAAUGAUCAUGAAAGUGUCGCCUCUCAAUACACUAACAGUACAUCAACACUUGAUGAUGAAACAAAGGUUUCGAAUUUCAAUACGGUAUUGACAGGCUCUUUUCCUGCCGAAAGUUCUUCCUUUUCCUCUCUUCCUGCCCAAUGUGUGGAUGCUAUUGAGAAUGAAGAAAGAAUAAUCUCAACAGAAGAAAAUCCACCAACCCAAAAUGUAAAUACAACCCUUAACACGAGUCAAGUCCCUUCAGAAUUUAUGCAAAAAUGUCUCAGAGAUUCCAUCAUUUCGCACAUAAGUCCAAAACCUAAGAGCAAACGAAUUAGUUUGAAUCCUGAAACGAUAUUUGCUUCCAAUGUAAUUAUUUUUCUGGUUUAUUCUAUAUCAGAUCACUCCUCCUUUGAGUCAGUAGUCCAAAGGUAUGAGGAGCUUAAGCAACUUGUUAUUGAAUCUCAAUUGAUCAAAUAUUUUAAGGACCAAGAUGAAUCUCUUUCGAAUAGAAGCUCUCUAAGGGCUUUUCUAUCCUCCUCUAAGAGAUCAUCAUUCAACUAUUCAUUUCAACCAACUAUAAUGCUUGUUGGAACGAAAAAAGACCACGACACAUCAGUCAAGUCAUUAUCCGAACUCAAUAUAUCGAAUUCACCAGGCUCUUUUGGAAUGCAUGGUUUCUAUUAUGGAUUUGGCCAUUCGAAUAGUAGCAGUUAUGACCUUCCUGCAAGUUUACCAAUAUAUGGACCUAGUCCAAUAUCUAGAAAGCCAUCCAUCUACUCCCAAUUUGAAUACUCAUUGUGUGGAGUGAGUGAAAACAAAAGACAAGUAAGCUACGAUGAGGGAGAACAAUAUCAACAAUCUCUGGGAGAAAACUGCUUAUUCAUGGAAGUCUCAUGUCAGAAUCCUUUAGAUGUUGAACAAGUGUUUCUUCAAGCAUGCCGAAAGGUUAGAUCAAGAACCAUUGAACUAGAUAAUUCUGAUCAUGCUCAUGCCUUUAGAUCCAAAACAGUUAAAAACAGAGCUAAAAUACCAACGUUUGAUGUUAAUAAAGAAUCUCAAUAG